AUGGUGCCACGCCUGCUGCCCGAUGGAUGUGGAGUCGUCUGGGGGCAGAGAUACAGGUCCUCACCGACCACUUCCCCAGGCGCCAACCGCGCCACCCCCGCCGCUGGCGCCGGAGGAAAAGUCAAGCCCCGGAGACCCCCGGCGCUCCGCCCGCUCCGCGGAACGCACAGCCGCCGCCAAGCCCCGGCCCGGGAGGCGCGGGAGGCGCGGGCGCCCCGGCGGCACGGCACAGCCACAGCCAGGGCGCUGCGCCCCGGAACGCGCCGGCCACUCACCCUGCGGCGCAGGCGGCGCGCGGUGCGCCCAGCGAGGAGGGCGCGGCUCGCCGCCCCGGCUCUCGGGCUCUGCCAUUGUCCCUGGCCCGCGCGCGGCGGCGCAGGAUCCGCGCGCCUCCUUGCAACCCGAGCGGCGCAGUCCCGAAUGCUCCCGGAAAGCGCUGGAAGCCGGCCCGGGCUGGGGGAGGAGGGGACGGGGCGAAACCCCACCCCGAACAGGCUCCCGCGCCCAGGGAAGCUGCAUUCCAGGCCUGACGCCGCGGCGGCGGCUGCUGCUGCUGCGCCGGGUGCCCCGGGGCCGUCCCCGCCCCUGCGCACAGGCCCCCGGGGACCUAGCUCCGGAGGCGGAGGCGGCGCCCGCUGCGCGCCCACGGGCGGGGACGGCCCGGCAGGUGAGGCCCGGCCCGGCCCCGCGCCCCUCUCCAGUGCCUGCGCAGGCCAGGCGCGGGGCUCCCCGGCGGCCCGCCGCGAACCCUCCGGAGCCCUCAUCCCGCCCCCUGGACGCAUCCGGCCGUUCUGGACCGCGCUGACUUGUGUCUGCCGCAGCCUGCAGCCCGCUCUCCCGCCAUCACAGCUCGUCCGCACGGAGGAGCACGGGCAGAUGGCGGCCGCGAGAACACAGGCUGGAUCCGGGUCAGCCUUGCCCGCGAGAGCCACGGACUGGAUCACUGUCAGCCUUGCCCACGAGAGACAGACUGGAUCCCUGUCAGCCCGCGAGAGCCACAGACUGGAUCCCCGUCAGCCCACGAGAGACAGACUGGAUACCUGUCAGCCCGCGAGAGCCACAGGCUGGAUCCCCGUCAGCCCGCGAGAGCCACAGGCUGGAUCCCCGUCAGCCCGCGAGAGCCACAGACUGGAUCCCCGUCAGCCCGCUAGAGCACAGACUGGAUCCCCGUCAGCCCGCGAGAGCACAGACUGGAUCCCCGUCAGCCCGCGAGAGCACAGACUGGAUCCCCGUCAGCCCGCGAGAGCACAGACUGGAUCCCCGUCAGCCCGCGAGAGCACAGGCUGGAUCCCCGUCAGCCCGCGAGAGCACAGGCUGGAUCCCCGUCAGCCCGCGAGAGCACAGGCUGGAUCCCCGUCAGCCCGCGAGAGCACAGGCUGGAUCCCCGUCAGCCCGUGA